AUGGGACUCUCCAGGCAGGAACACUGGGCUGGGCUGCCCUUCCCUUCUCCAGAGGAUCUUCCUGACCCAGGGAGCGAACUCGGGUCUCUUGCAUGGCAGGCAGAUUCUUUACCAUCUGAGUCACCAGCGAAGCUGACCGGUCAACGAACAUUUGAUGAGGGAGCCAGGAACACCCAGUGGGGAAAGGUAGUCUCUUCAGCAAAGUUCUGGGAUACUGGAGAAACAUGCAGAACCAACCAGAUCAGAUGCCUGUGCUGUGCUGUGCUUAGUCGUGUCCGACUCUCUGCCACCCUGUGGACUGUAGCCCACCAGGCUCUGCUGUCCAUGAGGAUUCUCCAGGCAAGAACACUGCAGUGGGUUGCCACGCCCUCCUCCAGAGGAUCUUCUCAACCCAGGGACCGAACCCAGGUCUCCUGCAUUGCAGGAAGAUUCUUUACCAUCUGA